AUGGGGGCCUCUGUGUCUUCUGAGGAGAGCCGCCUGCAAGCCGCGCUGCUGCUGCUGUCGCAAGACCCGCAGCUUCUCCAUGAGCAGCAGCAGCAGCAGCAGCAGCAGCUGUUGCAGCAGCAGCAGCAGCAGUCUCAGCAGCAGCAGCAGCAGCAGCAGACGCGGAAGAGACAGCAGCAGGAGCAAUGGCGGCUGCUUGCUCUGGCCCUUCUGCAGCACUUUGGGGAGGACUCACCUUGCCGCUGGUCCGUGCUGCUGCUGCUGCUGCUGCUGCUGCUGCUCAGCGUGGCCUAUGGGGGCCUCUGUGUCUUCUGA